GUGUGAGGCUAAUGUGACAUGAAGAAGAAGCGGAAGUCGUGGAUUCCAAACAGACACAAUCAUGGCGGCCACCAUUCAAAGUUUGCUGGAAGAAAUAUCCGGAGUCGAAGACCCAAUUGAAGAGUUGCAGAGCUUAAAAACUGCUUUGUUGUCUAUUCCAGUCAGCGCCCUGAGAGACGUCCUGAGCGGACAGCGUUUCGAUGUGAUUUUCUCUCUGCUGAACACUAAUGAAAGGGAGCAGGUUGAUCUGUGUGUGGACAUUCUUGAACGCAUCCUACUAGCCCUCAGUCCUUUGCAUUUGGUGCAGAACUACAGAGAAAAGCUGCAAGAGGGCUUGAGCCAUCCUAACGACACAGUGAAGAUAUUGGCCUUGACACAGAUUGGCAGGGUGGUGGGGCACCCAGAUGCCGUCGCACAAAUCCUCAACAAUCAUAACAUUUUACGGGCGGUGAUCCUUUGCAUCGGUGAGGAGAAAAUUGCUGUAGCAAAACAGGCAAUUCAGUCCCUUUCUAAAAUAAGUCACUCUAAGCCUGGAUUAGACAAGUUAUUUCAGAGUGAUCUCCUUGAAGUCAUGAAGGAAGUGAUGGACAAAAAUGACAUAAUCAGAUACAGAAUAUAUGAGCUGGUGGUUGAAAUCUCAUCUUUUUCUCCAAUUUCUCUCGGUUACUGUGCCAACAGCGGCCUCAUUUCCCAGCUGCUCAGCGAGCUGACUGGAGACGAUGUCCUAAUCAGGGCCACAUCGAUUGAGAUGGUGACCACUCUGGCUCACAGUCAGCAUGGUCGCCAGUAUUUGGCCCAGCAGGGUAUAAUGGAUAAGAUUUCCAACAUGAUCAGAGGAGCCGAUAUGGACCCGUUUUCCUCCCUCUACCUUCCAGGUUUGGUGAAAUUCUUUGGGAACCUGGCCAUUACAGACAGCCCCCAGCAGGUUUGUGAAUCCUACCCGAUCUUCUUAAACAAGGUGUUCGACAUGGCCAUGGAUUCGGACCCCGUCAUGAUCGGAGUGGCCCUGGACACUUUGGGAUUACUUGGUUCUACAGUUGAGGGGAAACAGGUUCUCCAGAAGAUGGGAGAAAACUUCAAGUCUGUGUUUUUGAGAAUCAGCCAACUUGCUGGUUCUGGAGCUACUGAGCUCAGAGUUCGAAGCUUGGACGCCAUAUCACAGCUGCUCACCCUUCAGCCGGAGCAUCAAACAGAAGACCUUUUGUCCCUGACGGAGUCCUGGUUCCACCUUCUGUCUAAGCAGCCAAUGGAUAUGAUUCGCAACAUCAGCACUCAGCCUUUUCCAGAGCUGCACUGCGGGGCUUUGAGGAUCUUCUCUGCCAUUGCAAGCCAGCCGUGGGGUCAGAAGAUGAUGGUUAACAGUCCCGGUUUCAUGGAGUUCAUUUUGGAUCGCUCAACUGGCCAAUCAAAGGAGGCAAAAGAUGCCAAAUUUAAACUGGUGGGAUCUCUUCUGGGCUCAUCUACAGCAUCAGAAAUACUGGGCAGUCAAAACUACAUCCGCCUGAAGACAUAUCUGAGUGAAGGACCCUACUACGUAUCGGCUGUGGCCUCCGUCAGCACAGAAGGAGCAGACUAAUUCCUCGGCAUACAUACUAGGCUUUAUUGUUUAAAUAUUGCUGAAUUCAUUGUUAACAAAACACUUCAUUUUGAUACCUAUUUGGUUUAAAAAUAACAGAUUUUUUUGGCUUAAAUUGGCAGACAUACCAUGAAUCCAGAGAAAAUAACAUAUUACAAAUAAAAGACUAUUAGCCAUUGAAGCUGUUUAGAUACUUUUAGAAAAAUAAUUGGAAUAAAAGCACUUGAAUUACUUUAUAAAUUUAAAAUGGUAAUAGCAGGGAAGCAAAAAGCAAGUUUUCAUGUUUUUAACCACUUAGUUAAGCAAUAAAGCCUACAAUAUGUCAGAUAUUACAAGUUUUUCAUCCAGACACAUUGUUCAGUUUUUUUCCUACACUUUAAACUUUGAACUUAUGACAACAUCACUGCUCUCCAAAGGUAUGUUUCUUUUUGUGUCAGUGAUUUUUUUUUUUUAUAAAUGUUUACAAAUAUAUAUUUCUUUACCUUUCCUGUAUAGAAAAACAAACCAAGAACAAAUAAAUUUGGUUUGGGAGAUUCAAAAUAACAUUCUUUGAAAUUCAAUUUUAAGAUAAGACAUAACUUUAUUAAUCCCCCAUGGGGGGGAAAUUACAGAAUUGAAAUGAUUUAAAGCUAAAUUAUUUAUAUUUGUACUUCUAAAUUAAAAUGAGAAUCCUUACCAAAUGGAAGGAUAUAGUACAGUAGCAGUCUGUUCUAUUUUAAACCUUUGUCUGUUCAAAAUUAAAUUAUCUCAUGUUUCAGAAAUGCUGCAACUUCUAGCAAUCCCACUAUCAAGAUGUAUUUUCCUGUUGAGUUUUCAGUGACUUAAUAUUAGAUUUUAAAAAAAUGGCACUUUAAUAUUUUAGAUGAGAUGGAGAUAAUAAAAUGGAGAAAAUACAUAGUUGCGUAAAGCUGCUCAAAUCGACGGUCUUCGUUUGUGUAUCUAUGGCACAUUAUUUGCAUAAAUGUGCAAUGAUAUGCAAAUGUC